GUGACACUGCGGCUAUGACACGCGGUCGCUGAUAAAUCUACACUCGUGCUGCCAAAGUCGACCAGUGCAUGAAAGGCUCGCCGUCACCCAAACACGACUCUGGCAACCCUCUGUCGGCCUUGCACCAAGAACUAAUGCGCGCGGAAGACGAGUGUCGGAGCGAAAACUCUUGCGCUGCAAGCCUCGUCGUCAAUGCAGUCAUCCAACAAGGCAGAGAGUGGCGGACUCAACUUUGUCUUUGAAUCGGGCUCCUCUGGUCGCGAGAACAAGAAGUAUGUGAGAUCGCAUGCUGCAAGAGUCGGCUGGUCGCAAAGAAGUCGCAAGCAGGCCCAAUCGCCCAAAGACUUCAUUGCCGUCACUCCAGACUCGACGAGCAAGAAGCGUCGCAAAACCACGCACCAGGACGCCAAAGCUGGACACGUCCAACACCAAGACCAUCAGACUCCCCCGACGUUGGACAACAGACCUGUCAGCUAUCAAGUCGAAGCUGCUCCUUCCAGAACUCCUCGAAGCCCCUCUUCUGUAAUCACACAUGUUUCGCCUCGACAUGGUCCGGCAAGCGAGCCUCACUUCACUGCAUACUCGGCCGCACAUCCCUAUGCCUCGACCAUCCUUGCUCAACCCUAUGCCUCCGCUCCAGCUCCAUCAUUGUCGCCCUCUUACCACCAACAGAGUCGUGGUCACGUAGCUUCUGUACACGCUCAAGAGGUGGAAGCGAGCCGUCCGACACGACCACCAACAAGCGCUGCUUCACCCUUCCCCCCUCAAGGCGCAUACUCGCCAUACUCGCCACACCACGCGGGCCCGGACUCUGUCCAGCAUGAAUCCGUAUCACAGCAUUCGAUGGUGCCGCACUUUCGGCCGGCUGCAUCAAAUACGUCAAUGCACUCGCGACAUGUCAUGCCAGCAGCCGACAUCCUUCGCCCUGUACCACCCAUCAGCCCUUUACCUUCUCCACGACUGCCGCCUUUUGCAAACGUCUACGACCCUCGACCGACCUUGAUAGGCGCCAAUUGGAGACAGUACGACAACAUGCCUGCCACGAGCCUCGACUCCUCCCAAACUGCCACGACCGCUCCGCAGACUCCCAUGAGACACGACGACAUCAGUGCUGCCUCUGUAAGCACAUCACCUCGGUCGUCACCAAAGAGAAAGGCCGCGCCUGCCUUCCUCGAACUUGUCCUGAACGAGGACUACCCGAUGUGGAAGACUGUGGAUUCUGGCAGCAACUCGUUCAACGUGUUCCCCGUCAAGUGGCAGCCGUUCUAUGGCCGCCUUCUCCAGAACUAUCGCUCCAACAUGCUAGUCCAGCUUGACGAGAUUCUGACCGGCUGGACUGUCGAUGAGAAAAUAGAAUUCAAUCAGAUGCCUCUACGCCUGGCCGGCUCCGAGCCCUCGCUCUUCUACUCGCUGCUCUCCACCGCCGCCGUCAUGAUGCCACCCGGUCUCAUCUCUCCCACCAUACCAAAGUGGCUCCAGACCCGCACCGUGGAGUGCCUCAACCAAGCCUUUACCGACCCAAAACGCGCCUACAGUGACGCAACCAUUCUAGCACUCAACAUGGUCGCCCUCUUUGAGAGCACUAGUGGAAACUCAAACGUCACCGCUCGCACCCAUCAACCGGUCCUCCGUAGAAUGGUGGACGAACGCGGUGGUCUGGGCGCAAUUGCUGCUAGAGACAGCAUGGACUCGAGGAACUUUGUCCGCUUUCUGGCUUGGACGGAUCGUGUCAUCAAGUGUCAGACUGGCAAUCAACUGAUUUUUGAGGACUUUAAAGAGGAGCCGUCUGUGGCAAAGACGAACUGGGAAGACAUUUGGGCGAGGAUGGAGAGGAGAGUUGAGGAUAAUGCGCCUGAGCCUAUCGAGGAGUUGCCCGAUGCUGAGUGACACAUCAUCUCAAGUCAUGGAGGAGAAUGAAGUGGAGUCUCUGGAGUUUGGCUGCUUGCUAAUGUGUUGUGGGAUCUUUUGUUUUUCCUUCUUCUGCUCUCUUUUCGCUCUUUCUUACUCUUUGCUUGUCGAUCGUUGGUUUUGCUUUGUAAUUUGAUGAAUUUGUGGAAUGGAUGUGGUCGCUACUCGUACAUAUAUAUACCAAGAGAUACCCCGGAGAAAUACCAAAUUGUAGUUGCU